UUGCUGCAUCAAUUGCAUCAAAGACAACUGAUGUAAAAAAAUCUCUUGGAGUUUAUUUUUUUAAUUUUUUAUAUUUGUUUAUUUAUUUUUUGUUUGUUAAGGAUUAAUUUGCAAGUUUUAUUUUAUUUAUUUAUGUUAGCUUAUGAUAGCCAAGGCUUUGGUGAUUUUAUGAACUCCUUGUUGGAUUGUUCAUCAAUUUAAUUGUAGCUAAAGAUAUACAUCAACAAUUAAUUUAAUUUUUUUUUUUUUCUUUUUGUUAAUGGAAUUGUGUCAUCAUGCCGACAAUGCCACCUGAUAAUUAUAAAAUAUCACUUAAACUUAUUGAAGCAAUAAAACAACAUCCAGUUCUUUAUAUAUCAGAGGUCAAGGGUAGUGCUAUUAAACUUCAAGAAUUUCGUCAAAAAGUUUGGAAAAGAAUUGCUGAUGAGCUGGGAUUAGAUCCUUGUUGGGUUAGAUCAAAGUGGAAAAAUUUAAGAGAUACAUACUGUCGAAUAUUGAAGAGUAAAAAAAAAAUACACAGAGGAAAUAGAAAAAAAAAAUGGAUAUUUGAAGAUCAAUUGAGUUUUAUGAAAUUUCCAUACGAACCAGAUUAUCAGCCUCAGUGUGUUGAAUUAAGUGAUGAAUAUAUUGAUGAUAUAAAUUCAACAGGAAUGAAUUGUGAUAGUUUAUUAGAACAAUUGGAAGAUAGAAGUGAUGAAGAUUACAGUGAAUAUCUUGAAGUACUUGAAGAUACAACAGAUGAUCCAGUAUUACCUAGUGGUAGUCAUGUUAUUGCAACUUUAGAUGGUACAUUUUAUCAAACAAGUGAUAACAAUGGUGAACAUGAAAACAUUGACUAUGAUGAAACAAUACAAAGUAAAUAUAUCGAAAUACAAUCAUCUAAAAAUAUAAAAAUUCAUAAUGAUAAUAAUGUUAAUGAAACAAAUGAUAAUGUUUGUCAAAAUAAUACAAUGCCAAUAAUUAUUGAAACACGAACAGUUGAUGAUACAAAUAAUAUUAUUUGUCAAAAUAAUGAUGAUGAAAAUACAUUAUCAUUAAUGGUUAAAUCACAACCAAAAACAAGUCUUGAAUUAUUUUUUGAUAGUAUGGCACAAACAGUUAAAACUCUACCACCAAAAGCACAAGCUGAAAUUAAAUUAAAUGUUUGUAGAAUAGUCACUGCUGCUGAAACAAAGUAUUUAAAAAAUAAAACAACAAUAACACAAUUUAUUGCACCACCUGGAAUGAUUCCAAAACUUGUACUCAUACCUUGCAGUAUGAUCGACAAUUGAUAUAUAUUGUGAUAAAUAAUAAUUAUGUUUUUAUAACAAAAUAUAUAAAAUUAUUAUAAGAGCUUUCUUUUUUUUUUUUUUUUUGAAUAAACUUUUAUGAUUUAUAAAUUAUAGUUUUAUAAAUAAUAUUCUUGAUAAUUCAUUUUAAACAAUUUAUUUAAUUAUUGAUCAUUUUUAAUAUUUCAUUGUUACAUAGUUUGGCUUUUUAUUCAAAUACACGAACGAUAACUAUAUUUACAUUAAUUCUAUUGAGAUUUUUUUUUUUUUUUCUAUAGUUCAGCUGGUGUUUCUAUCACAUUUAUUUCGAUUCAAAUUUGAUAUUAUUUUUAAACAUAAACUUAGUUUAUUUAUUAAAUUUAAACAUUUUUUUUUUUCUUUUUUUUUGUCGUUGAAUUGGAAGACACCAAGAGUGGCUUUGAGAUUCGUUAUUUAAUUUUUUUUUUUUAAUUUUAUUAUUAAUCAGAUCUUGGAAUGUUUAGGCGUUUUUUUUUUCGAGUUAUUUUAACAAAUCCAAGGCUGUCAAUAUUAUUAUACUCCACGAAUUAUAUUUUUGUGUAUAAAAUGUUUUCACGUAUCUCGAUUUUAUUACAACUUAUCAAUAUUUUAGUUAUUUUUUUUUUUUUUUUCAUGCAAUUGAUAAUUAUUUUUUGUAUUUACAAUUAAAAUUUUUUUUUAUAAGAAAUUUUUUAAUUUUCCGAUUUUCGUUUAUUCACAGCCUCGUAUCGAUAUCCUUUUCCAUAAUUUAAUAAUUUUUUUUUUUGUUUUUUAUAAUUCAAUCAUUAAAAAU